AAACGAAGGGCGCCGCUGGAGCGGCCGCGAAACCGCGGGCGAGGAGCCGACCGGCCGCCGAGGCCACCGAGGCGCCGCUCCCGGCCCCCCCCGGGGAAGGGAAAGGGCCGGCCUGGAAGAAAAAGGAAGCUGCCUGUCCAGGACCAGAAAGCCGAGGAGCCGCCAUUGCCUCCGGGCCCCUUGGAGAGCUGCUCCUUGGAUCUCGGGAGCCAGCGGGAGCGCUGGGUAAAGUUUCAGAAGCGUCAGAGCCUGACUUGCGAGGGUGCAGCCAAACUCCUCCUGGACACCUUUGAAUACCAAGGUCUGGUGAAACACACUGGAGGCUGCCACUGUGGGGCGGUUCGUUUUGAAGUUUGGGCUUCAGCAGAUCUGCACGUUUUUGACUGCAACUGUAGUAUUUGCAAAAAGAAACAGAACCGACAUUUCAUUGUUCCAGCUUCUCGCUUCAAGCUUCUGAAGGGUGCUGAGAACAUAACCACAUACACCUUUAACACUCACAAGGCCCAGCACACAUUCUGCAAGAGCUGCGGGGUGCAGAGCUUCUACACGCCUCGGUCCAGUGCGGAUAGUUAUGGAAUCGCUCCCCACUGCCUGGAUGAAGGCAGCGUGCGCAGCAUUGUCAUUGAAGAGUUCAACGGGAACGAGUGGGAGAAGGCGAUAAAGGAGCAAAAGACUAUUCAGAGCAAGUCCAAAGAGUGACCCCUCCUCCCUCUGCCUCAGCCCGGCCUGGCCCAUGACAAUGAGGCACCUUGGGACAAGGCAGCUUGGCCCAACCAAGGAGCCUGUGAUGACGUUUCUGGGAGCCCAAGGGUUGUCUCCAGUUAUGUCUGAAGCAGGACAAAUUAAAGCAACUCACUUUUCAUACCAAGAGGCAGCCUGAGACAGCUGGUCCUAGAGGCUAGUGUUCUUUCUUGGACCAAGCAGCCCAUGCCUGACUCCUUGGGCUGCGUGGCACCCCCCCUCAGCCCAAUCUGUGGUCCAGAUCAUUUCAAUUCCCUACCUUCCCUCCCAACUUUCAUGUGAGCUUUUAGGGACAUGAGCCUCCUUUGGUUUUUAUUAAAGAUAAUUAUUACUGUGGUUCCUCA